AUGGAGCGCUUGCCGCUGCUCCGCUGGCUGCUGGGCUUCAGAGGGUUCAGGGAGCGCCUCCUCGCCGACGACCUCUUCCUGGCCAAGCUCGCCAUGGAGAUGGGCAUUGGCAUGAUCGCCAAGACCGCUGCCGAGUAUGAGAAGGGAUGGGAGAACUUCGUCAAAGAAAAUGACAUCGUCAUCGCUGAUGUGGUACGCCUCUUGUCGACUGCUAUUGAAGACGGGCAAUCUGUACAUAUGUUGAUAUAUAACCCUGACAUUUUAAAUCACAUACAGAUGGGGAUAGCAGAAAGAACUCUUUGUUAUUGCAAUGCAAAGUGCAUCUUAUAUCUGAAUUUGAUAUAUUUUUCCUCCAUCCAUACAGCAGCAUACACACACACACAACCUAUUUUCAUCCUGUUUAUUCAAGAGAGAUUUUGUUACAUGUUAUUCAUCAUCUUGUCAUAA